GUACGUGGUACUGACCACGAAGCAUCAUGAAGGCUUCACCAACUGGGGGUCGCCUGUGUCCUGGAACUGGAAUUCUCUGGAUAUGGGGCCCCACCAAGAUCUUGUGGGAAAGCUGGGACAAGCCCUCAGGGAGAGCAACAUACGCUAUGGACUGUAUCACUCUCUGUUAGAGUGGUUUAAUCCACUCUAUCUAGCUGACAAAAAAAGUGGCUUCAAGACCCAAGACUUCGUUACAAAGAAGACAAUGCCAGAACUUUAUGAUCUUGUCUUAAAAUAUAAACCAGAUUUGAUUUGGUCGGAUGGAGACUGGGAAGCUCCAGCGUCAUACUGGAAUUCUACCUCUUUCCUUGCCUGGCUUUAUAACGAUAGUCCUGUCAAGGACACUGUUGUCGUUAAUGAUCGUUGGUGUAAUAACUGCUCAUGCAGUCAUGGAGGCUACUACAAUUGUGCUGACAAAUACAAGCCAGGGACCCUGCCAACUCACAAGUGGGAGAUGUGCUCCUCCAUUGACAAGCUUUCCUGGGGCUAUCGAAGCAACAUGAACGUUGCUGAGUUAAUGGACGAAGCAAGUAUCAUUGAGGAACUAGUGCAGACUGUGAGUUUUGGAGGCAACUACCUUCUCAAUGUGGGACCUACAAAAGAAGGGGUGAUCGUUCCCAUCUUCCAAGAAAGACUUCUGGCCCUUGGGAGGUGGCUGGACACUAAUGGGGAGGCAAUUUAUGGAUCGAAGCCAUGGAGAGUACAGAUGGAGAACAGCACAGACACGGUCUGGUACACUUCUAAGGGACCAGUUGUCUAUGCCAUCUUUCUGCUCUGGCCUCAGGACAGCGUUCUGGAGCUGUCCACACCCAUUCCAUCCCCGGCCACACAAGUGACGAUGUUGGGCUUUGCAGGGACUCUGGAGUGGCAGAAGUCCCCAGGUAAAGGACUGCUCAUAACUUUGCCCUACAUGCUUCCAUCUCCUCUACCUCCUCAGUCUGGCUGGACUGUCAAGCUUGAGGGUGUGAAGUGAUGGCUGCGG